UACGCUUUUAAAUAGAGUUGUUAAAAAAAUAUUUGAACUUUAUUUAAUGAAGAGAAAAGAAACAUGAGUUAGAUUAUUUUUUUUUUACUCAAAAUUUUAAAGAGGGUUACAGUGAGCAUGGACAUUCGUUGUGGAGGAAAAAUGUUUAUAAUGCACUCGUUCGCUUACUUGUUGUUGUUUUGGCUUGCCGUUGGUUGCAUCGCUAGAGAACCAUUUGGUCUAAUGGAGAAAGAGGUGCAGGCUUUAAUACUGACGAACUACAAUGCUGAAGUAAAACCAAAUGGUAACCGAAGUAGACAGUUGGAUGUCUUCUUUGAUAUGAGGAUAACAAAACUGGCUGGAUUGGAUAUCAAAAAUCAAGUUAUGACACUAAACACAUUUACCAUGUUGAGAUGGAGAGACAAAAAUCUGGCAUGGAACAGUUCGCUUAUGAAUGAAACUGCCAGAGUGACAAUGAGUAAUAUAUUGAUCUGGACACCAGAUGUUAUGCUGUAUAAUGAUGCUGAAGACGAAAUAUAUACACACACAGAUUUAUAUCGAACAAAAGUCAACAUUGAGGAUGAUGGGAAUGUGAUUUGGGUUGCACCUGUCAAAUGGAAAGCUUCAUGUCACGUGGACGUCACGUGGUUUCCUGUAGAUAAACAAAUUUGCAAUAUGACGUUCGGUUCAUUUUCAUACAACGUUCAUCAAAUGAAUUUAAAGUUUUGGUCAAAACCAAAGGAUGGAAUAUCAGGUAGUACCUUUCAUAUCAUAAACGGUGAAUGGAAUAUUGACAAAACUAUACCCUACGAAGAAGAUCAGAUGUUUUCCUGCUGCAAAAAACCAUUUUCAGUGAUCACCUAUGAAAUCCAUUUGUACAGACUUCCCUUGUAUUAUUUCUUAUAUUUGAUUUUUCCUCUCAUCACACAACUUCUGUUGUUCCUCAUCACAUUCCAUCUACCGCCUAAUCUUGGAGAACGGAUGGGAUUCGGCAUAACAAUACUUCUGAACGUCACGCUCUACCUUGUGAUGUUGUCAGAAAAGUUACCCGAGAAAUCCGAUAAAGCAUCCGUUCUUGGCGUUUGUUUUAUCACUUUAUUUUCUUUGUUGUCUCUUGGAAUGGCGUUUUCCGCCAUGACCGUGUUAUUUUCACAAAGAAUGACUUCUCCUCCACAGAUGUUUUUAAACUACAUUUGCAGAAAGUCAAAAUUUCCAGACAAAAAUGGGAAUGUAUACAAAAAAACAUCUAAGAUGGAGGGUAAAGUUAAUCCUGGUUUUGAGGAGGGUGAAUUAAAUAGCAUCGAAAUGAAAGGCAUCACGUCAAAAGAAGAACCGACGAAGAAGGAAAUUUCUACUACUGAAAAUAGUUACAACGAACAAUGGUUGCGCAUAUCAAGAUUUUUUGAUAAACUUUUAUGUACACUUAUGGCGAUAUUGACAAUUGUGUUACCCAUCAUAAUUUGUUUAUCUUUCGACACGACAUAUUUGGGACGGAUGUAGAGCAAGUGUGUAUUUGAUAUAAUCUUUUAUGGCGAAAAAGAACUUUAUAACAAGACUUUUUAAUAAUCGCUAAACUUUAAUCUAUUAAUAUAUUAUUUUGUAGAGGAUAUUGAUGAAUAAGAAAUACAUUUGUGGUGGUGUA